UAUAUAUAUAUAUAUAUGUAUAUAUAUUCUUUCUCCUCGUUUCUCGCUCUGUGUAGUGUCAAACUUCUCUCCAUUGUCUCUCUCUCUCAGCUCUGACAUUCCUUCUGAUAAACAUAAAAAGCAAUGUUCAGAAGCGUCUCUUUGCUUUCCAAGCUCCGCUCUCGUCUUGGGCAGCAGCCAAGUCUCAAAGAUUCAGUCAGAUGGCUUCAAAUACAGUCCUCCUCCUCUGAUCUUGACCUACGUUCUCAGCUGGAGGAGUUGAUUCCUGAGCAACAGGAGCGCUUGAAGAAACUUAAGGCAGAACAUGGAAAAGUGCAGCUUGGGAAUAUCACUGUUGAUAUGGUUCUUGGUGGAAUGAGAGGAAUGACUGGUUUACUCUGGCAAACUUCACUACUUGACCCAGAUGAGGGAAUUCGCUUUAGAGGUCUGUCUAUCCCUGAAUGCCAGAAAGUAUUACCAGCUGCAAAGCCUGAAGGAGAACCUUUGCCUGAGGGUCUUCUUUGGCUUCUUUUGACAGGAAAGGUACCAAGCAAAGAGCAAGUAGAUGCAUUAUCCAAGGAGUUGAGAAGUCGUGCAGUCAUCCCAGAUUUUGUGUACAAGGCCAUCGAUGCUCUACCUGUUACAGCUCAUCCAAUGACUCAAUUUGCAACAGGUGUUAUGGCCCUCCAGGUUCACAGUGAAUUCCAGAAGGCAUACGAGAAGGGGAUUCAUAAAUCUAAGUACUGGGAACCAACAUAUGAGGACUCUCUUAAUUUGAUUGCUCGAGUGCCAUUAGUGGCUGCUUAUGUCUACCGCAGGAUAUACAAAGAUGGCCAAGUUAUACCACUCGAUGACUCACUGGAUUAUGGUGCAAAUUUCUCACAUAUGUUGGGAUUUGAUAGUCCCAAAAUGCUAGAGCUUAUGAGACUUUAUGUCACCAUCCACAGUGAUCAUGAAGGUGGAAAUGUUAGUGCUCACACUGGCCACCUUGUUGCCAGUGCACUUUCAGAUCCUUAUCUUUCAUUUGCUGCUGCAUUAAAUGGUUUGGCUGGACCACUCCAUGGUUUGGCUAAUCAGGAGGUUCUGAUUUGGAUCAAAUCUGUUGUUGAUGAGUGUGGAGAGAGCAUAACCGUAGAUCAGUUGAAAGAAUAUGUCUGGAAAACUUUAAAAGGUGGCAAGGUUGUCCCUGGAUUUGGGCAUGGAGUUUUGCGUAAGACAGAUCCAAGAUACACAUGUCAAAGAGAGUUUGCAUUGAAGCACUUGCCUGAUGAUCCACUGUUCCAGCUGGUUUCCAAGCUUUAUGAAGUUGUCCCUCCCAUUCUUACCGAACUAGGCAAGGUUAAAAACCCAUGGCCCAACGUUGAUGCUCAUAGUGGGGUGCUGCUGAACCAUUUUGGUUUAACUGAAGCAAGAUAUUUUACCGUCCUUUUCGGUGUGUCAAGAAGUAUUGGUAUCUGCUCUCAGCUGAUAUGGGACCGAGCUCUUGGACUGCCACUAGAGAGGCCAAAAAGUGUUACAAUGGAAUGGCUUGAAAAUUAUUGCAAGAAAGCAGCUUGAUCUUGAAAAUUGGUGGGAGUGUGCAUCAAUUACUCUGUAAUAAUGUCUUCAACAAAAUUGGGUUUUGGAACACACAGAUGCAAGGGAUGCAAUUGUGAGAUCUGAUUGUUCUGUCAGAUUAAAACAGGCAUUAUUAGCCUUUUUUUAGAAAUUUGAGUAACCAUUUUUCAAAUUUUGAGUUAGAGCUUGAUUUGAUUUGAGUUUGUAUGGUAACAUUAUUUAAGUGAAACUAGUAGACAAAUUACUGUCUAUUAAUAAAAGGUAUAGAAAAAUGAUAACCGCCCAACAGGAUUAGACUGUAGUGGGAAUUUGAUUA